AUGACAAAGAUAGCAUUAAAUCAGUGUGUAGUUGUGCAACAAUUAACAAAUAAAUACGUCAACUCUCAAAAAAAAAAAUUGAAGCUAUUUGACGUUUAUUUCAAAGUGACUGAUACAACUUCAAAUCCCAUUUCAUUCAAUUUGAAUUUAAACAUGACCCAAGAACUCCUACUCGACCCCCAAAUCAAAAUGUGGAUACUCUGUUCCAUGGUUUUAGUCUUUUAUCUGGCCGAAAACUUAACAUAUUAUCUGGUACUUCUUUUUGGUGAUGAAAGAAAAUUGUCACUCGCUGAAAGACAGGACCGAGAUGCUAAAAAAAGAGUGAUUUUGCUCCAGAAAAACUAUAAAUUUAUCCCCAAGCAUGCUUUCGAAAUUCGUAAAGCCGCAUUUCAUUUGGAGACAGGAUUUGUGGACAAUGCCACCAUGGUGAAACCCAAAACAGAACUACUACCAUAUCCAGCAAGUCACUGGGCGGGAAUUGUAAAUUUUGUGAAAAUGCAAUUUUGCCACCAUUUGCCUACAAUAAUAGUAGCUUCUUCUGCGAGCUUUGCUUUGAGUGGCUAUAUUUGCCUCAGGGUUCCGUUUCCUCUACCUGUGGCAUUUAAACCCAUGCUGCAACGUAAUCUCGAUCUGGAAAAUUUGGAUCCAUCAUGGGUGUCUUCUUGUUCGUGGUACAUACUCAACGGCUUCGGGAUACGAUGGAUUUUGAAUUCGUUUUUUAACAGUCGCGGAGACCGCUUCAUAUUUCCUGAUAUGUUUGACAUUGGACCAGCUAACAAAGGCAUCUCUAAAUCGGAUUAUAGGGAUGAUUACAAUAAUUUGCAGACAAUUUCGUACGAGAAUGGAUUGGAGGAGAUUGAACUUGAUAAUCUUGACUAAAUUGAUUUUUAUUGAAAUUUUCUUAGACUAUAUUAUUUUUUGGCGGUAGUGAGUGAGUGAGUUAAGUUCGCCUUAUUUUCUUGUGAUUUAUUUAUUUCGAACAGAAUAUUCCGUAUUAUCUGAGCUUACGGUACAAUACAUUUCAGAGCAUCA